AUGGCAUUUGUAUCCGGAGGGGGAGGCGGUGGUAGCAGUGGAGCUGGAAUAGGAAGUGGUUUACCGACGGUAGCACAACCAGUAGCUACACCGUGCGGUAUACCCUCAGCGUCGUUACGUGCUCAGGAUGCGCAAGCGAUGUCACCGCGUAGUGCAGCAUCACUCAAUGCAGCAGCUUUGGCAGUUGCGCAAGUUUCAACAUCUCCAAUUCCUGCAGCUCAUCUACUUUAUCAACAAUUUCUUUCGGCCGGAGCUAUUGCAGCACAAUCACAGCUAUUGCAAGGGACUGCAGCGGCUGCAGCUGUAUCACAAACGGCACCAUCUCUUCCGCCACCGACGCAAAUAUUACCGCAGGCUGCAGCAGCAGCAGCAGCAGCAGCAAAUGCCGUGGCGGUCGCUGCGCAACAACAACAGCAAUCCGUUCCGUCUCAACAACAGCAAACAGCAUCUGCAUCACAGUCACAACAGCAGAAUCAAGCAUUUGUAUUGGCAAAUGCGGCGCAAGCGCUUGCGAUCAAUCAACUACUGUUGCAGCAGAAUCCGCUUCAGCAACAGGUGGCACGAAAUUUCUUCCUAGCACAUGUCAUGAAACGUCAGGUACAAGCAGCAUUGGCGCAACUGCUCAAUCCGUUCGCCUAUUAUCAGCCACACUUGACGGCAUUACUGCAACAAAGUCAGCUCACCGCUGCCAAUCACAUGCAACAACCGCAGCAACCGGCUCAAAUUCAAGUUCAGAAUGGGAUUGGAGCACCGGUUGCUGUUCAGCAACAGCAAAAAAUGAUUGAAAAUUUGCUGGCAGAACAAAUGGCUCGAAAUCCGACAACACACGACAAAAUAGAUAUAUCACAGCCGGUCGUAGCGGACAGUAGAAAUAUCGGGUUGCUGACAAGUGCGGAGUUCGUUAAGGAACACAUAUCUCGGUUGAUUAGUGAAAAUGAAGCAAUUCUGGAGCAGAAUCCAGGUCUUAUCAAAAGGCGCCCAUAUCAUCGUCAAGUAGGCUCGCAAUCGUCCGUUGAACUUGAAACGGGUAUUAGAAGUCAAAGUAAUUCACCAGGUUUACGUGACGUACGCUUACAGUUUACACACAGUCAGUCAUUUUAUGAAUCGCACAAACCACUUGCCAUACGAGUAACCGGUGGACCAUUAACCAACGGUCAUCCAAUCGUAAAAGCAUCAGACAAAUGCACAUGCAAUUAUUGCGAAUUAAAAUUCCCAAAUGACGCUGCUCUUGUUGCUCACGAAAUCCGUUGCAGCAAACGGGCUGAGAUACAUUCGCAAGCAACGUCGUCAUCAGCAUCAUCACCAACAGUAGCCGCUGCACAUCUUCAAAUGACUCAGCAACAAAACUCGGCAAAUGCUGGAGUUGGGCGUAAGUCGAUUACGUGCAAUAAUAAUACUAUAUCUUCUCCCGUGUUGCACGAAAAUCGUCAUCCACUCAAACGACGGCUUCUAGCAGCUGCAGAACAUCUCGACGAAUCGCAAGCAUCCACAAGCAAAACUCCGAAAUUGGAAACGCCUAAAGCAAAUGCAAAUGUUACAAAUGCAGUCUGUAUAUCGUUCCCUACGACACAUAACAAAACACCAGUAGUUCCCCAGCGAAGUUUCAGCAGCAUUAGUAAUAUUAGCGCUGUUAGUGAGACUUCCGCUCCUGCUACACAAACCAUGAUGAUGGUAACUUCUCAUCUCACUAAUCAGUUUGUAAGUUCGAAGAAUCCACAAACGUAUCAGCGAAUAUGUCCUCCCUCAACGAUCCCACAAAGCAUCAGUGCAGCGGCCAACAAACCAUACAUUUUAACGUUGAACGACGUAUCAGCAGUCCGCAAUGACGGUACGUCACGUCGAAGUCGCAUGCGCAAUAUUACAACAGAAACGUUUGCUACGUUGAACAAGCCUCAGCCAAUAUUCUGCCAGCAUAAGCCGAAACUAAGCAUGUACAGCAACUGGCAACAAAGUGCCGUAGAUUCAGAGGAAGCAAAAUUAAAUUUGCUGUACAUAAGCACAUGUUCAACAAAACCACGGAUAGGUGUUAAGCAGCUAUGGAGGUAUACUACGGCAUUACGUGAAAUGGGUGUCCUGAAAGUGACGCAUUCUUCAUUUUGGGAUUACUCGACCAAAAUACGCUUGCGUCAAAAUGCAGCUGCUACUACAACAACGACAGCACCGAUGCAUUCUCAAGCAGUGGUUGCAACGUUUGUUCAGGAACGCUCUUCUACUAUCGCAUCGACAUCAGCAACUGUUUUUAUCAGUUUCACAUCGCCAAGUAACCCUCCCAACGGAAAGAGUGAUAAUGAUGCAAACAUUAAUGAUAAAGAGAAUAUGGCAAUGGCGGAGAAGGAUCGAAAUGCUUUAACUUCAUUUAAAGAAAUUACUGAUAAACGACAAUCACAGAGAACUGCGAAUGAGUCAACAAAAACGUUGUCUCAGAAAAUUGUGGGAGGUUAUUUCUCAAAUGAAGUGUAUGUAUAUGUCCGUGGACGUGGACGUGGUCGGUAUGUAUGCGGUCGUUGUGGGAUACGUUGUAAGAAACCGUCGAUGUUGAAAAAACAUAUUAAGUCACAUUCGGAUAUACGGCCAUAUGGUUGUAAACAGUGUAAUUUCAAUUUUAAAACAAAAGGUAAUCUUACCAAACAUCUGCAAUCGAAAACACAUCGUCGUAGAAUGGCUGAAAAAGAGAAUCAGAAAAUAACUGAGCAAGAUUCGGAUAGCGAUCAUGAUCGAUUAGAAAUUGCAAGUCUUAGUGGGACCGCCUCAACUUUUAGUAACGAUCCACUUUCAGACGAUGAAUGCUCAUCAGACGAAGAAUUGCGACCACCCUGCAGUGACAAAAACAAAAAUAUGUAUCGAAAAUUUGGUCAAGAAAACACAUUAAUGGAACGAACAGCUCAUACACCGCCAAUGUUAUGGAUUGUUGGUGAGACGGUUUUUGACUGGGCGAUUCCGAAUUGCCUACGCUCAUGUCACAGCGCACCACCUAGUGCGCGGUAUCCAUCAGAAGGACGAAAGCAGCAAAAACUGUUGGAAACGAAUUUUCUGUUGAAAAAGGAUACCUCAGAAGAGGUCCGUAGCUCUGAAAUCAAACAACCAUCAACCUGUGCUAUAGCAGUGGUUCAAACUUUAGCAUCUACAACCAACGUUUGUUCACAAUUGCAGUCAUUAUCAUCCUUCAUAACAGAGCAGCAGCCUUCAGUGGGAGCAUUUUUUGCUAAGGAGACAAUGAUAUGCGAUAUUUGCAAGCGUGUAUUUCGAAGUUCGACGGAGAUGACAUUGCAUCGCAAAAUCCAUUUAAUUGGACCGUCAAAUUCACGUAUACGAUCUUAUCAGUGUAAUGAAUGCAAAUAUUCGGCUCGAUCACGUAAUGCUUUGCAGCGACACAUGGAAGAAAGGCAUGGAAUUGUUGAAAGUUUGCAAGCAGAACAACUAAAUGAUUCAGAUAACGAAGAAACCAAUACAAACUCAUCGUCAAUGAAUCCACGAUCAUUUAUGUGUACCGAUUGCAAUAUUGGAUUUCGAAAACAUGGUAUCCUCGCGAAACAUCUGCGCUCCAAAACCCAUGUAAUGAAGCUGGAAAGUUUACGUAUCAUCCCAGAAGAUUCUCUAUCACUGAUAACACGUAGGGAGGGAGGUGUAUAUUUGAACGAAAUUGAUACGACGGAUUGUGAGCAUGCACGACAGAGCAUUCUCGGAAUUAUUUCUACAUUACGUGAUUCAAAUACGUUGGAAUGUCGUGAACAAAUGUCGCAUUUGUCAGUGCCGUUGCUACAUAUUAGCAAUAAUAAUAAUAAUAAUAAUCAUAAUAGCAUGAACAUUAGCUAUUCGUCGCAACAGUUAAAGAUGCAGCGUUCUCCGGUACCAUCCACUAGCCAAUCCUUUAUUGAACAUAAACGAUUCCUAACUGGUCAACAGCACACAACAAAACGUCCCGAUGUUCUAGCAGUAAAAAUACCGAUUGAAAUGACACCAAGAAAAUGCGAUAUGACAAUGUCGCAACGAAAAACAGACGAGUUGAAUGGGAAAUCGAUCUCCGCAAAUGUUUGGAUGCCACCGAAACUUGAUUCUUCUGAUCGUCGCUCUGUUGAUUUAAUUGGACGUUCAACAGUUGACUCCGCUGCUCUUUCGGAUAACGGUUCUUCUGUACGAUCCGAUGAAGCAAACAGUGAAGGAGCUGGACGUAGCGAAAGCUCGACACCAACGCAACGUGUUUUAGCUGGUACUGCGCCAUCACCCCUUUUGCCAACUUCUACCAGAUGCAGUCUUUGUGAGGUCAACUACGAAUCCAGCUUUGAUUUGCAGGUACAUCUUCACGCUGAUCAUGUAAUGCUGCGAGAUGGCAAAGAUUUUUGCUGUCCAAAGAAACAAUGUGACAAAGUCUAUCCAAGUCGUGAAAAUCUCAGGCAGCAUAUCGCUGCACACUAUCAUGGCGGUGUUACUGCACCCUUGCCAG